CAUAAAACCUGAUAAACCCUCUUUUUCUCCCUCAAAAACCCUAAUCCAAACAAACAAAAACAAACCUUUUAAUUUAUUUUCAAGAAAGAAAGAAAUUAAAAAAAAAAAAGAUGAAUUCUUUCACAAAUUCACCAAAUUUCGAAAACAAUUUAUUUCUACAAACUUUAAUGGGAAGGCUUCAAAUAAGGCCACAACAAAAUAAUCCAUUACAACCACAACAACCAACAUCACAACUUUUUAAUCAAACCCUAGAGGAUCUUUUAUUAGAUACAAUUAACAAUAUUUCAGAUGAUCAAGAUUCUGAUGUUGAUGAUGAUACUGACAAAAGGGGUAGGACCCAGUUGGCAAAAGAAGAAUCUAAGCUUGAAAAAGAAGUUAUCAAGAUUAUUUUGAGUGGAAAGAGUGAGGAAACUUUGAAGCCGAAUUCGGGUCAGGCGGUUACGGUCGGGGAACAUGAGCAUCAUAUUUGUGUUGGGUAUCAUGUCGAACAAGGAUCCGAGUACCGGGUUUGGGAAUGGCAUGGGCAUAUUAUGUUGUUUGAUGAUGAGAAUGGGUAUAACCCUGAGUAUAUUUAUGGGAAUUAUUUUGAGAGAUUGAGAGGAAAUGUGAAUUUGAAUGUGAAUGUGAAUGUGAAGAAAGAUGAUGAGAAAGUGGUUAAUGGGGAUGAUGAUGUUGAUGAUAAGGAUGAGAAAAAUGUGAACUUUGGGUUGAAGGAGUUGAUUGGGUCGAGUGAAGAGUCUGGGUCGGGUCGGAUUCUUCAUCGUAACAUGAAUGCCGGGUCAUCAAGAGUCUAGGCAGUCAGCUUGUAUAAGGGACAGUGAGGAUUCCCUUCUAUUAUCGUAUGCUCUGAUCUUUGUGGAGACCAUCUUCCAUCGCAGAUCUGGUGUUCGAAUAACAUUCCUCCAACGUAGGUUCUUAGAGCAAGAUCAAGAUUUUGAUGUAUCCCGAGCAGAUGAUAUUUUAUUCUAUGUCCAUAAACACAUUUUACAGUACUCAAAAUGCUCAAUGGAGUCGUCCCUUUUAUCGUUGUUAUAAAUGGAAGCUUUGUUUGUUAA